CAGAAAAGGGCUUCUCCACUCAAGGUCUCAGAUAACAGCGGGCGCCGUGGUAUAUAGCAGGAGCCCGGCAGGUAACACGCAGCUGUGUGGCGGCGGCACCAUGCUGGGCCUCUGGCUCCUGGGCUGCUGGGCUGUCUUGGGCGCUGCCUUUGCUGGGCAGGAAGGGGAGCUGAGCGGGGCACAAGAAUCUGAGUUCUCUGACCAGGAUCCUGCUCGCCUCACACUGAUCUGCAAAUGUGGGAUACCAGGCUGCGGGAUCCCUGCCAUCCCCCCUGAGGUCAGUGGGCUGUCCAGGGUGGUCAAUGGGGAGGACGCUGUCCCUGGCUCCUGGCCCUGGCAGGUGUCCCUGCAGUAUGAAGACAGCUUCCACUUCUGCGGUGGCGCCCUGAUCAGCGAGGAAUGGGUGGUCACUGCUGCCCACUGUGGGGUCAUGCCAGGUGACAAGGUGGUGGCGGGGGCGUUUAACCUGGAUUCUGAUGAGGAGGACGUCCAGGUCUUGGACGUUGCAGAGGUGAUCAGUAAACCUGGUAAAGUGUACAGUAAUCCUGUACACAAUGACAUCGCGCUGCUGAAGCUGGCCACACCGGCCCGCUUCACCGACACUGUGUCCGCCGUGUGCCUGGCCUGUGACGAGGCUGACUUCCCGCCAGGGACACCGUGCGUCAUCACAGGCUGGGGCCAGACCCAAUACAACAACCAUCAAAGAGCAUCCACACUGCAGCAGGCAGUGCUGCCCCUCGUGUCCACUCCCGACUGUCAGAAGUACUGGGGUGCUGACAUCACAGAUGACAUGAUCUGCGCCGGAGGAAAUGGCACCUCCCCUUGCAUUGGCGACUCUGGCGGCCCCCUGGUGUGCAAGAAGGGGGGAGUGUGGACCCAGGUGGGCAUCGUGUCCUGGGGCAGCGACUUCUGCUGUACGGACACUCCCGCUGUGUUCACCCGCAUCACUGCAGUCCUGGAUUGGGUGAAGCAGACCCUGAAGGAAAACUGAGCCACAGAGCUGCUCCCUGCUCCCUCCUGCCCUCCCCCGACCUCCAAGCUUCAAUAAACCCACAAACAUUCA